CCCUGCGUCGCUGUCGGUUUCUGCCACGUUGACUUAACCCGGCCUCCGGGAGGAAAGGCGGGGCGGGCCGGCUGGCUCUCUCGCCUGGCUACCCCGGCCCAGCUCCUGCUCCAAGAUGGCCGGCUUGAACGUGUCCCUGUCCUUCUUUUUCAUCGUGGUGGCCGUCUGCGAGGCGGCCAGGAGGCUCUCCAAGAGGUCCCUCCCGGCCCCGGUGUACGGCAACCUGGCCAGAGAACUGAUCGGCGCCUUCCAGCUGGGGGCCUGCUGCCUGGAGCUCCGCAUGCUGGUGGUCAUCGGCCCGUGGGGGGGCGGCUACGGCCCCGACGUCAUCCUCACCCUCCUCUUUCUCCUCUUCCUGGUCCACGGCCUGACUUGGGACGGAGCCUCGGCCAACCCGAUCACCUCCCUCCGGGAGUUCCUGACGGCGGAGGCUUCGGCACCGGUGGCGGCGGUCCGGGCCGCGGCUCACUUGGCGGGGACGUACGCCGGCGACGCCCUGACCCGGCUCUACUGGUCCUGGGAGCUGACGGACUUCCACCUGAUCCAGAACCUGAUGGGCCGGGAGUGCAGCUCCGCCCUGCAGACGGCCGUGGCCUGGGGGGUCCUGGUGGAAGCCACCUGUGCCUUCUUCUACCACCUGACCCUCCUCUGCUUCCAACACAGCCGUCCCCUCUACAGGGCCCCGGCCGUGGCCCUGAUCGUCACCCUCUUGGCUUACACAGCCGGCCCCUUCACCUCGGCCUUCUUCAAUCCCGCCCUGGCGUCCGCCGUCACUUUCCACUGCUCCGGAAACACCCUGCUUGAGUACGUCCAGGUCUAUUGGCUCGGGCCCGCCGCAGGGAUGGUCACGGCCCUCCUGCUGCACCAGGGCAACAUCCCUCGACUCUUCCGGAGGAACCUCCUCUACUCUCAGAGGAGCAAGUACCGCGCCCCCAAGGCCAAGCUGGGCCCGAGCCCGGGCCCCCAGCCCGCUGGGAAGCAGGAGAAAACCAGGAAGAAGAGGGCCGGCGGAGAGCCGGGCCUCAGAGCCCAGUGAUGAGGUUUGGCCCCCAGCCAUCGGGGCCUUCACCGCUGGCUUGCCCUCCCUGGUCAGACAGUUGAACGGAGGCCGUCCUGGCUCUGGGCAGCGGGGCGGAGGCAACCCGGAGCGUGGACGAGCUUCCUCUGCCCGGGAGCGAGCAGAAAUCCCAGAGGCCCUCGGGGACCACCCUCUGCCCUCCGUCCUCCCCCACUCCCACCCUCAAAUGGACCGGCUUCUGGGGAGCAAUCCCGGGGCGAACCUGCUAUU